GGCUUACCGCGGGAAGGAGCUGUGUGAAUGCAGGCUGGGUAACAACGUUCUAUUCCCAGAAUCCCUUGCACCACUCUACUUGGCAUGACUGAAGGGCAAUAGGAUACUGUGCACAUACCUGCUGUCAGGGAAAUAUUUAAAAUGCCGAAGUGUUUGAUAAAAGGCUGUCCUUCCAAAACCGGAGGUCAAACGGAUGCCUUUCUUCAUAUGUUUCCACGAAACAUUAAACGUAUAACAGAAUGGUUGCAGAGAACUGGCCAUAAACUGGAGGAUCUUCCUGGUUUUGCCGAAAAAGUUCUUGAAGACAAAAAGGGAUACAAGUACAGAAUUUGUUCCACACAUUUUCCUGAGACAGUAUAUACAAUGAAAGGAAGCCGUAAAUGCCUGACGGAAUUUGCUAUUCCAGAACUGAAUCUUGAAAUUCAGUCUAAUGUUAAAGAACGUAUUUUCUCCAGUAGAAGAAAAAGACCAAAAAUAAAUGUCUCAGAAGCCCAAACCUCAACAACUACUAUCAUGGUGGAUCGUGGCAUGAACACAGAGCAAUUGGAAACCCGAAAUGCAAGCACUGAGACCGAUGACCAAUUAGGUGUUGAUCAAAGUUCAAAUUUUACUCUCACCAAACAUAUAAAAAUAGAAAGCAAUGAUGAUUACAUGGUUGAAGGUUUCAAACGUGGUGCACCAUUGGUAUGUAUGGCUCAUCCUGCCGAAGAAGCCUCACAGUUUAAAGGGUUUAUUAUCAAAUCUGAAAAGGAAGAUGAAGAUCAAAGUCAAAAUUUUAUCCCCAUCAAACAUGUAAAACAAGAAAGCAAUGAUGAAGAUUACAUGGUUGAAGGUUUCCAUCAUGUUGCACCAUUGGUAUGUACGAUGCGUCCUUCAGAAGAAGCCUCACAGUUUGAAAAGUUUAUCAAGACUGAAAAAGAAGAUGAAGACCAAAGUCAACAUUUUACCCCCAUCAGACAUAUAAAGCAAGAAGAAAAUUAUGAAGACUACAUGGUUGAAGAUGUCAAACGCGUUGCACCAUUAGCAUGUACGUCUGAUCCUGCAAAAGAAACCUCACUACUCAAAGAGCCUACUAUAAAGUCUGAAAAUGAAGACAAAUAUUUUAAUCCUGAUGCUCCCAGUGAAUAUGAAGAAACGUAUAAGUCGGUUGCCUUCAGCACUUGAGACUAGGUGCAGCACAAGUACCUGUACACAGGCUUACAGAUCCUCGUGUUAGACAAUCCCAUGCUUGGAGUCACCAGGUUGUGAUAUUCCAAAACUUGAAGACUUUGCUGGAUCAUAUACAGUUUACAGUUUUGUGUCACCAUAUGGAUAUUAAUGUUUAAAUUUUUUUGUUCAUUGACAUUCAUUUCAUCUCUGUUUUCUAAAACAUUACAAUUUACUGUAGGGGUUGCUUUACUUUGAAAUAGUGUGUGUGUGUACGUGCCUUUACAGUGAGCACCACAAAUAGUACAAUAUGCUGUAGUGGUAGCAGAGAUUCAAAUCUUGCUGUAAUGUAACUUUUAAAAUAAAUAAAUAAGUGAAUUGA